AUGUCCAAACUCGUCGACUAUGAGGGCCAGCUGAUCCACUCGAACCCGCUCAAGGACCUGAUGGAAGAGGGCAAAUUCGGCACAUCUUUCACCAUCACCAUCGCGCCCGGUCUUGAGGUGCUGCAGCUCGCAAAGUAUGCCGGGCUCAAGUCGAUCACGCUCAACAUGGAGCACAGGAAGACGGAUGUCGAGACGGCGGCGGACGUCUGCGUCAUGUGUCUGGCCUUAGGCAUCUCGCCGGUGAUCGUUGUGCCUUGCAACCAGAGCGAGUGGAUCUCCCGAUUACUGGAUAACGGAGCUCAGGGCAUUGUUGUGCCAAGGAUCAAUACCGCAGAAAUGGCGAGGACACUCGUCAAGUACAGCAAGCACCGGCCCAUCGGAGAACGUCCACUCGCCUUCACCCCUCAACUCAACUUUGAUAUCAAGAACUUCAACGGGGCUUUCAAGGCGCAGAACGAUACCACCCUCACCAUUCCCAUGAUCGAGACCAAGGAGGGCGUCGAGAACUGCGGGGAGAUCGCGAGGGUCCCUGGCGUUGACAUGAUCUUCAUUGGCGUGCACGACCUCUCCGAUGAUCUCGGCGCUGCUGGACAAUUUGACAAUCCCGAACUCCAAGCCGCUAUCAAGCGCAUUUGUCGUGCUGGCACCGAGGCGGGGAUCUUUCUCGGGUUGGGAGGGAUGGAGAACAGGCUCGAUCUCGUCACAGCUUUCAGGAAGGAGUUUCCGGCCAUCCGCUUCGCUAUGGCUGGGCGGGACUCUUUUGCCCUACUCAAGGGCAUGCGGGACGUCAUGGCGAAGAUGGCGGCUCUUGACGAGUAG